CUGUGUUUAGGGAUCAUCUAGCUUAGGAACUCAAAAACCCUUAUUUAGCUACGAUGAUGUCUCUAGUAAUUUUUCUCUUUUUAUUUAAAGAGAACACUUAUAUUAAUUAGAAAUGUGAAGUGGGUGCUCUGUAUUAAUUAAUGAUAUUGGUAGCUUUUAUUGAACUUGUUCUAAUAUUCAAGUGGGUUAAUAGUUGACUAAAUAGAAUUAAACAAGUUAAACAUUAAUUAAAAUAUAAAAUAGAGUUCUAAAGAUACCAAAUGUUACAAAGAAGUUUCCAUCUUUAAUUAAUAUCAAAUAUACUAUUUGUUAUAUAUUGGUCAACACUUUCAUUUCAUUACCAAGUAAAUGGCCUUGCUCAUCAAGCAUUUUCUCCAAAAGACUAAAACAAAACCUUUAUAUAUAAAGGCACAACUCAUAACAUCUUCAAAAUCAUAUAUUCUCUCAAUCAAAGCUCACAAAACAAUUUGGCCAAACAUGAAGAGAGAAGGUCGCCAACAUGGGAUGGUCAGGACUUGUCAGAUUCUGUCAUCCCCUUUGAAUGCAAGACCCGAAACCAAAUUCGUGAACCGGUUCGAUACACCAACCACAGCCGGGUUGUUCACCCGUGUGUCAUCCAAGCCCACCAACCACUCCAAAUUCACUGGCAAGUGCGGGCAAUCUCGGUGUAACGGGUGCCAUUUGCACCCGGCACACAAGGCCAAAGACAAAACUAAAGGCACUCAGAAACUUAAAUUAAAGGGUGUUGUUUCUAAUAAUAAAGACUCAUUUUCUAGAUUUUCUGCCACAAGUAUUUUAGAUCACAUUUACAACAUGGAUGAUAAUGAAGAAGAAGGUGUUGAUCAAGAAGAAGGUGUUGAUCAUGCAUGAUAGUUCUUAAUACAAUUGCAAUUAUUGCCUAAAAGAGUUGAGAUGGAUAAAAUUGUGCAUGUUCAUUUAUUUUAUUGUAUUUUUUUUAAUAAAUAAAGGGUAAAUACCAUUUUGGACCCUGUGUUUUACAAAAGUUACCAAUUGGACCCUGUGUUUUGUUAAAUGACAAAAUGGACCCUGUAUUUUCUAAAAUAGUACAAAUAGGACCCUGAAUUGAUUUUUUGUCAAAAUAAAGUUUAAU